AGCUUUCUUAAAACGGUUCUGGAAAAAGAUGAAAAAGACGUGAAAGCUGUGCCACUCAGUAACAAUACUGUUAACAGAAGAUUAGACGAAAUGAGUGAAGAUAAUAGAAUACAACUUGUUGAAAUGCUGAACGCAAGAAAAUUCUCAAUGCAAAUGGAUGAAUCAAAUUUGAGUAACAGUGAGACUGUGUUGAUAACUUACGUAAGAUAUAUUGAUAAAAUGUAUUUUGCUGAAGAAAUGUUCUGUAAAUCAUUAGGAAGCACCACUACCACCAACGACAUAUAUAAUAAGCUAAAAAUACUUAGAUGGCAAUAA